AUGAGUGCAGUUGCAGACAACACCGAUGGCCGCGUCGAGCAGGUCAAGGUGUUGUUUGCUCUCUUUGACAAGUACAACACGCUCGACGUGGCCGGCCCCCUUGAAGUGCUGAGCCGUUCCCUCCAGGACCCCAAAGACCCCAACAGCAAGGCCUUCGACUGCCAGUUCGUCGGCACCGCAGCGGCCAUGACCUCUGUCCAGGGUCUCACCAUUAAAGCCGACAUGGACUAUGAGGACGCCAACAACGAGCUCGAUGACUUCGACGUCAUCAUCGUUCCCGGUGGUGAGGGCGUGUUCGAGGUGCUCAAAAACAAAUCUGAGCCCCUGAACCUCCUCACCAAGUACGUCGAGCUUCAAGAGAAGAACCCCGUCAAAGAACGCACCAUCCUCGCCAUCGAUGUGGGUGCCCUGCUCCUUGCUCAGCAAGGCAUGCUCGAGGGCCUCGCUGCUACAACCCACCCCGACUACUACGUCCGCCUCGAGACCAUCUGUCAAGACGCGGCUAGGCGGGACAUGUCCAUGCGUACCGAUGUCAUGGAGGAGCGAUACGUCGUCAACAACGCUCGCUUCGACCUGGGUGAAAAUCCCGAGGAGAAUCCAUACAUCAUCAAAAAGUCUCGCGAGCCUCAGAGCCCUGUUGAAGGCACCAACAUGGGCCACGCUCGUCGUAAGUCGAUAGCUCGCAAGGGCAGCAAUGCUUGGCGUGACUCUCGCCGCCGCGAGUCCAUUGCUAGGCGUGCCUCCAUGCCCCUUGGCGGUAUGCGUGUCAUCACCACUGGUGGUGUGACUGCUGGUCUCGAUGCCAGCUUGUAUUUGGUAGGCUCUCUCGCAUCCCACGACUCGGCCCUGGAGGUCGCCCGUGUUAUGCAGUAUACUUGGGUCAAAGGCGUUACGGUCGAUGCGAUCGAUGUUUGA